AAAGGAUUCAGCUACAACAUCUCAAACAACACAAGCAAGACACCCUAACCAAUAAUGUCAUCCCACGCGACACUCGCAGCCGCCGCUGACGACCGCAAGGCCCGUCUAGCCAAGCUCAAGUCUCUGAAGCGCAAAGAACCCGAGCCCACAUCCUUCGACGAUGGCGAAGAGUCCCACGAUUCCCCAGCCCAACACACCAACCACAACGACGACGGCGACAACCAGCAAGAAUCCACAGUCGACUCCAAAGACGGCACCCCAACAGCCGACGUAGCCCGCCUCCACCUCUCCGGGCGCAAUUUUGACUUCGAAACGCGCGGGCCCAAGCUAGGCUUCGAAGCGCCUCCCACGCUGACGCUUGAGAAACCGACACUAGAAGAGCAAGCGGCCGAUAUCGAGGAGGAAGCGCAGCGGCAGGCUGCUUUGGACGCGCAAGCCGCCGAAGAAAACAAGGGCAUCGACCUGUUCAAGUUGCAGCCCAAGAAGCCCAACUGGGACCUGAAGCGGGAGCUGAACCAGAAGAUGGAGGUGUUGAACGUGCGGACGGACAACGCGAUAGCGCGCAUGGUGAGGGAGCGGCUGGCAGCCAAGAAGCAAGCGGCUGUGCAGGAUAAGACGAAAGACGGAAAGGAGGAGGAGGAGGCCGGUAUGCUGGAGGGGACGGCGCUGGUGGAGGGGAUGAAGUUGAGGGAGAGGGAGGAGGCCGAGGAGGAGAGGAGAGAGAGGGAGUUGGAGGAGGCCGAGUUGGAGGCUUGAAGAGUUGGGACUUGACGGCAGCUGAAUUCACGCGGUCAAGGUGGACGGGAGAGUGGAACCGAGAGGGGCGACAAGGUCGAAAAGAACGAGGACGAGGACGAAAUAUGCUCCCAAAUCUCGGGAGGAUUACUGUUAUGAUUUUGUUUUUACAGAGAAAGUAUGCUAUUCUCUACUUUGAUACCC